AUGGAGGCUAGAUAUGGUCACGAGGUAUUAGAAAAUCAACAGCUUAUAAAGAAGGGUUUAUCCGUCAAUGAGUAUUUAUAUAAAGUUCCCAAACCCGAUGAACGAUUUAGUUACAUUGUAGUAGUACUCAAAGAGAUUUAUAAUAAUUGCGAAAAAAAAUAUCACAGAAAAAAGGAGACUGUAUGGAAUAUUUAG